CUUGGCAUGGGGCACAUCACGCCUAGGUCACACGUCACUAUUCCUUCCACUACCACCGCUCCUACCAUCAUCAACUCCUCUCACGAGCCCUCGCUGUACCUCUGCCCUCUAUACUAGCACACUGGCCUUGGAGACUAUCGUCAGCUUGUAAACCCGCUCGCUGCUCGCUUACCAUCAUUUCGAGGGUUCAUCGAUUUACCACGCAGUCAUCAUGAUGUCGACUUCCCUCUUCUCGGCCCUCCCACCCGAACUUAUCUGUCAAGUCUUCGAGUCUGCAGAUGACUUCUCCGUUGUGGCCGCUCUUGCACAAACGGCACGUAUCUUCUACCACACCUGGCGAGAGAAUCCGACCUCUAUCUGUCGAGCCGUCGCCCCGCGUGUCUUCUCGAACCUCACCGACGCCGAGCAAUUGCUUGACAUGCAGGAAGAAGCUGAAGCUGUGAGUCAGUCGCAAGGCGGCCGCGAGCAGAAGUCCAUUAUCCGAGCCAAGCGUCUCCUGUCCAACGCUCGAUGUGUCUCUGCCGCCGGUGACAACUGGGCGAGUUUCUGUCAGAUUCACGAAUCCUAUGAAAGAGGAGAGGAUCCGUACAUGAGGCCAUCCGAAUUUGCACGCUUCGAGCAUGCUUUCUAUUGUGUCUGGACCAUUGGGGUCAUGGGAAGCACUCCACACCUACAGGGCCAAGCAUCGGCGUUUCUCGAUGAGUGCAGUCCACGAGAGCUGUGCAGACUCGCCGAACUGGGAGAUUGGGCUGAGAAUUUUAACGGCAAUGAUUUCGGGUCUUCGGGUCUUGACUUCGAGGAUGAAGUUUGGAAGGCUGGUUGCGAUCUAGUCUCAAAACGCUGGGAGGCUUACAUGAAACAGAGGCGUACCAUAUCAAUCCCCGAUUUCACACCUAUAAAUUUCUUUGCCUUCUUUGAUCAUACUCAAAGAUAUAUCAAACAUAUUCCAGACGAGUAA